GCUACAAAAUUCGAGUGAUGGCAAAUUAGAAAACAACCUGAGUGAUAAACAGCAAAAGUGUAAAAGAAAUAACAUUAAUCUAUGUCGGCCGGCGCGGGUGCGGCCGCACCGAGCGGAGGGAAGGUGGUGAUGGCGGACGGGAGCAUGCGGGCGCUCAUUGAGCCCGUGUCCGUGGCGGAGCUAAUGAUGGACCACCCGCGACACUUCGUCGUCGACGCGCGGGUGCUGCAGCAUCGGAAGGGCGGCGCCGGCGGCGGGGCCAGAAAAGUCGCGCCGCUGCCGGCCGACCACGUGCUGGGCACCGGCGGGCUGUACGUCCUGCUGCCGGCCACGCGCGGCAAGGUGUCCGCCGACGAGGCGCGGUCCAAGUCAAUGCCCGGCCGGCUGAUGAGGAAGAUGUCGUCCAGGAGAGCCGCGACGCCGAUGGAUCAGCCAGCCAAACACGAGGCGGCGACGGCCGCGGCCGUGGCGGAAAUGGAGAGGAGGGAGGAGCCGGUGCCGACGGAGACGGACGGGUUCGAGGAGCACCGGCCGGAGUUCCUGAGCCGGGAGCUGUCGUGCAGGGGGUGGAAGCCCAGCCUGAACACCAUCGAAGAGCGAGUCAUGCCCAAGAAGGUCUCCCAUUGGCUCUUCUGAGUUUCUGUCCGAUCGAUGACCGGAGAAGGUGAGCCGAGUAGGCUUCUUUGACUUGUCAUCGUCGGGAUCUAGUAAUCUUUUUCUUCCCUUGCUUCCUUUUCUCUUUCUUUCUUCGCUAAAAUGCUUGUUGUCUAUGUCCGUCAAAUGCAUGCGUAACGAAACAUGUAAUUUGCAUUUGAUGAGACUAGGAAACAUGCCCGUGCG